GUGCACCUACCUUUUCAGCGUUCGGGUGGAGCCGUGCGACAUCAAUGAGCUGGCUGACAUCAUGUCCGCCCUGAAGAGCUUGGACCUGACCAAGGAGAAGGACGCCGACUGCCUCACGAAGAUGGCCACCGACAUCACGGUUCACAAGCUUCAGCAAGGGGACGCGCUAUACACGCCGCCUCAGACCCUUGUCCUUGCGAAGCACUGCUGCAGCACCACGACUUGGUUAAGAGUGACAGGGUUUGGCGUCGCUUCGCCAGAGCUCGCGGUGGGUUUGUGGCGGAAGUUGGUGCCUGGGCCGAACUGUGAGUUCCUGGAGAAGUUGCUCAGCCUGGAGCAUGACGUCUCCGGUCUGCCGCCGCAGCUUGGCGGCCACGGUGGGGAGGAGCCAGUCAAGCUGGAGGACAAGGAGGAUGGGCUGACCGACCAGCUGGAGAUUGAGCUGGGUGCGGCCUUGGACGAGUGGGAGUGGACGGAG